GCCACCCAAUAAAUAACAACAUUCUGGAAAUACACAAAGUUUACAAAUGUCAUGUGAAUGAAACGUUACGUCCUCUUCGAGCAGACCAGACAACUGGCAUGGAAAUGUCAUAUGGAUAUUCCUUUACAACCGCGCUCACAACUCACCCCAAAAUAAUUUUUCCCCUAAAGCGACGGUCUUAGUGGAAAGCUACGCUCACGCAUAACAGCACAUAGAACACAGCACACAGCAUAAGUAGCGAGGCUUCCAGUGAAGACAGAGAAAAAAGUCAUCAGCUCUGAAUCGAUAAGUAAGGAAAAUCAAAAUUUUCUUGCUGCGAAAACGUUGUGGUGUUGUGUGAAAAUACGGCGAAAGACCGAAUUUUGUGAAACAAAUGUGUUAAUAAUUAUUAAAUAUUAUAAACAAAAAAAUAAUCUAUGUUGGAAAUGUCUAAGAAAAGUAUUCGCUAACGGCAUCAGUAUCAGUAUCAGUAUUAGUGAAAUUUUAAUUUAAAGAAUUGGAAGAAAAAUUGUGCUUAAUUGUUUCGAAAUAUUUGCUAAAUAAUCUCAAGUUGUUGCCUGCAAACUAAAAUCCUACAGCUUCACAAUGCAGCCCCCACCACGUAAGGGCAACUAUGUUAAAUUCUUAAAGAACUUACAUACGGAGCAAGUGGCUAAGUUGCAAUUAAAGAACCAACAUGAAUGCGAUCUGCUCGAGGAUAUACGGCAGUUCACAAUCAAGAGGUCGGCCAUUGAGAAGUCCUACAGUGAUGCCUUGUUAAAAAUUUCAUCUCAGUAUUUAAAUAAAAAAAUACCAAAUAUACCGGAUAUUAAAAUGGAAGGCAUGGAGGAGCGAUGGAACAUGUGGAGUGUCUGGCGCACAGUGUUGGAAGAGAAUGAGAAAUUAGCACGUGCACGUUUGGCUGCUAUCGAAGUGUUUCAACAGCAAAUAGCAGACGAGGCUAAAGUUCUGCGUGACUACAAAUUGGCCAUAUCCAAAAAAUCGCUUUCCCAAAUUGUAAAUAUACAAAAGGAACUACAUUUAAGCGUCGGCGAUGUAGACAAAACAAAGAAGCAGUACUUUGAUGAGGAACAUUGCGCACAUGACGUGCGUGACAAAGCGCGUGAUAUCGAAGAAAAACUGAAGAAGAAAAAAGGUUCGUUCUUCCAAUCUAUUACCUCAUUGCAAAAGAAUAGCGCACGUGUAACCUCACGGAAAGAGCUGCUAGAAGAAAAAUCGACUGGUGCUCGAAACGAUUAUAUACUCAGUUUGGCUGCAGCCAAUGCACAUCAAAAUCGUUACUUUACAGUUGAUUUACAGACCACCAUGACCACAAUGGAGAACUAUGUCUUCGAACGUGUUGCUGAGUACUUAACCUUGAUGGGACGCACCGAAUUACUAACUUGUUCAGCAACACAGAACUCUUUCGGCAAAAUACGUGAUCAAGCACAACAACUCACACGCGAAUAUAAUUUGCAAUGCUGCUACUUAUUCUAUCCGGUACUUAAACAGCAUAUACAGUACGAUUUUGAACCAUGCGACAAUGAUCCUGUACAUAAAGUAACAGCUGAACAUGAAUCGGCUACAGAGACACUCACUAAAGAGGCUAAAAAUCUGGCUGGUCGAGUAGUUAAAGAAAAUAUGUCAAUAAGAGAACAAGCCAAAAAAUUGGCCAUUUGUGUAUCUUUGCGUGAUUCAGGACAACGCUCAGAUCCCAAUGAUCCUAAUGGGCCUGAUUUAGAUACAAAAAUUGAAGAUUAUAGGGAUUCGAUACGUCGAUCAGAGACUGAGAAAGCUAAGGCUGAAGCUUGCUUGCAAUGCUUACGUGAAGGUGGUAUAAAUGUAGAUGAGUGGGUGCAGGAGGCUGAAAUUAUGGGUGUACAGGAGCUAACCAGAUCAGCAAGUUCCAUAUCAAUGCGUACAGAUGCGUCAGGACAAGGCGAAAAUCCCAGUUCCGAUUCGUUCUAUGAUAGCGACAAAGAAGACAAUGCUGCUGUUGCCCAGCCGACUGCAGCCAAGCCUAAAGAGGUGAAACAACUAUCACGAGACAGAACUUUCAGUGAUAGUGAUGAAGAGCCUGAAGAGCGGGUACCAGAACCGAUAAGUUCCGUGCCAAUGAUGGCAGCCAAUACUGGUUGGGAUGAUCCAACAGAAGUAAAUUGGGGAAAUGAAGAAGAAGAAGAAAAAGAAGAACCUAUUGUACCAGAACCAAAAGAAGCUAUAUUCAAAUGCACUGCUCUAUACAGCUACACCGCUCAAAAUCCUGAUGAGUUAACUAUAGUCGAAAAUGAACAACUUGAGGUGAUUGGCGAAGGUGACGGUGAUGGUUGGUUGCGUGCACGUAAUUACCGUGGCGAAGAGGGUUAUGUACCGCACAAUUACUUAGACAUCGAGCAGGACACUGGAGUAAAUGGUAGUUCAUCAAAUCAAUUGCGUUCACAAAUUUCAUUUUCAUCUGUCGAUUAUACUGUUGACAAUGAAGAUCAAACUGUAGAUUCAAUGCAGUCUCCUGACCAAGUGUCCGUUAUAAUGGCGCCACAGAAGAAGAAAUCCGAUGUGCUAUAUUGUAUUGCUUUAUAUGAUUAUGAUGCUACAGCUGAAGAUGAGUUAACCUUUGAGGAAGGUCAAAUCAUAAAGAUUGUCACUAAAACAGCACAUGGUGUAGAUGAUGGGUGGUGGGAAGGUGAAUUGGAUGGUAAAUUUGGUAACUUCCCAUCGUUAGUAGUAGAAGAAUGUGAUGAAAAUGGAGAACCUUUUUCUGAGGGUGAUGAUGAAGAAUCACCACCACCAACAGCUGCACCUAGUUUUGCGCUUCCACCUGCACCCGAAUUACCACCAGAAUAUGCACACGAACUAACUGAUGAUCUUUUCGCAUCCCAAGAUACUGCUGAUGACGAUAGUGGUUAUAUACCAAAUGGUACAGUACCUAGUAUGCCUCCGCCAGGGCUUAGUAAAGCAACUACUAAGAAGGUGUUCAUACAAGAACCUGGAAUGGAGGACGAUACCAGCGACGAUGGUAGGCCACCGCCAUCGAUGCCACCACCAGCCUUGAACGCAGGAAAUAAGGAUGGAAAUGCACAUAAUUUAGGUAUGGCACAAAUUAUUGUUACCGCUGCAACCCCAAUGGUUGAAGACGGUACAGAUAAAUCUUUCCCUCCGGUAGAAAACAGAGACGAUGGUGCUGUUUCAGAUGCUUCAUCAAGCGUGAAGGCUGCUAACGAAAAGGUAGAUAAAAAACAGGAAUCAACACCAGUACAAAAACAACAAAAACCACAGCAGCAGCAGCAGCAGCAGCAGCAAAAUGCCGAUGAAAAUGAAAAUCAUGAAGGUAGGAAUGCGACCACACCAUCCGUAACUAUAACUUUAACUACGUCCAAUUCAGAGGACCAAAAUUCAUCAGAUCAGGAGCCUGAAUCAGAAGUGCAGCCAUUAGAGGAGGCUGAAGAUCCAUUUAAUGAAAAGGCGAAUGCUGCAAGUGCUGGUACAGAUGCUAAUGAUGGAUUCGGAGCAAAUUUUGAAGCAAACUUUGAUGAUGCAUUUUCUGGCGCACAAAAUGCUGUUGAAGCAGUUGAAGAGGUUAAUGCACCUAAACAAGUAGUGGGUGGACGAGCAAGCAUACCAGAGGAAUUGGACUCAAAUCAAUUAGCGCGAUUACAGAAUCUAAAAGAGUCGAAUGCUUAGAAUUAAGUUUCUUUAUAUAAAUGCUUAGAAUCUUAAAUUAAAAACAUAUAACAAAUCAUUUGGUCAUCCGUUAGAAAAAUUUAUCUGCUGAUUAUUAAUGAUGAAUGGAGCAUAACUCCAGCAGGGAAGAUAACAAUAAUAAUUA